ACCCUAACCGUAAUAUAUUCCCACCGUUCAUCAAAAACUCAAUUCCAAAAUUUUUUCAGCCUCAGAAAAAUCCACAACAGGGGAGAGAGAAAAAAAAUAUUCAAGGCGCCCAAGAAUGAAUCCGAAGCUAUUCAAGAAGCGAUUGAUCGCCUUGUACUCGUGUUGGAGGAAGCAAAGGAGGGAUCUAUGGGGAAACGCCGACGUUCUGGUGAUCUGUACGGACUCACCGGGAAAUCCGACCCGGCCGAUCUCGUCCAUGUUCUUCUCCUGGUUGAUGGGCCACGAUUUUCUGGACACCGUGGCCGUGUUCACGAGGAACGAGAUAUAUUUCAUAUGCGGUAGGAAGAAGUUAUUGAGCGUGGUUCGAACCCUAGAGUCCCCUGCCAUGGAAGCGGUGAAUGCGAGGGUUGUGGUUCAUGUGAAGAGUAAGGAUGAAAAUGGAUUGGAGUUUAUGGACGGGAUUAUUCGAGGGAUGAAGGUAGCAUAUGAUGCCAAGGCUGAUUGCAACAACACUCGCCCUCUUGUUGUUGGGUAUAUAUCAGGGGAGUCUCCGAAAUCAAAGCUUCUCUGGAGCUGCUUUAACAAUUUGAAGCCCAAGGAGUUUAGAAGUGCUCAUGUGACUGGGUUUUCACGGCUGUUGAAUCAUGACCAAGAUGUCAGAUAUUCAGGCGACUCUACAGAUAGAAAGGACUUGGAAUUAUUCGAAGAGAGCAUUUCUAGUUAUAAGGUUUUUGGAUCCCAUCAUCAGGAUUGUCCACAAAUUCAAAUGCAAUCACUACCAGAUACGCUUGAGCAGAUGUUGGCAUUGACACCUGAGAGGGGAGAGGAAGCACCACGUGAAGGCAAUGGCAAGAAAUUGCAGUUGGAGAUGGGAGAUGGAAAUCCACCUGGAAGUGUACAGGACAAGGGUGAGAAAUCUUUGCAUUCUGAAGAGGUAGAAGAGAGCUCUUGGGAGGAUGGUUCGGUUUCUGAUGAAGAGGAUGAAUGGGUGUUGGUUGAAGAUGGUGGUAAAGAAGAAUACAUGGGUAAAAGGAACAAGUCUAUGGCUUUGGCAAACUACAAGUUAUGACGACGACAACGACGACGGCGUACAGUGAUCCUGCGUUGCAUAGCUUUUUGUUAGUAAUGAGGGCUCGUUUUUGUGAAAAAUAAGGUGGAAUUUCUGCAGUUUUUGACUGCUUUGGUUUAAGCCUGAAAACACCAUUUCUGUUAAUAAUAAUUCUGGUAGAGUUAAAUAUUUUGCUGAA